AUGCCAGAAACAACGUCAAUUUAUCUUCAAGACUUAAAAGACUUAUCGUCUAGAGGUGAAAGGAUCUCUCGAAGAUCUACAAUGUCCAGACCAGCUCCUCCAAAAUUAGGAAACCCAACACCACUUGGUCUCUCCGCUUUUGCUAUGUCAACUUUUAUUGCUUCUCUCUAUGGUCUAGGUGUUUUAGGAAUUAAUGUGCCAAAUGUUUUAGUCGGUGUUUCGCUCUUCACCGGCGGUGUUGUUCAAUUUGCUUGCGGAAUGUGGGAAUAUAGAGUUGGUAACACUUUCGGGGGCACCGGAUUCUCCGCCUUUGGUGGUUUCUGGGCAUCUUUAGGAGCUAUCUAUAUACCAGGAUUUGGUAUUCAAGAAGCUUAUGGAUUCAUGCCCGUUAGCCGAAAUGCCACUAUAGACUCAACUGGAUUAUGUACUCAAAACUGUGGUUAUACUCCUGGUGUCACGUUCAUUUUCACAUUGGCCUGUCUUCGCACCAAUGCUGGAGUCUUGGGUGCCUUUGUUGCUUUAACUAUAGCAUUUGCGUCUGAUACUAUUUAUCAUCUUACUCCGACUAAUACUAUAUUUCUUAAAGUUGGUGCUAUUUUCGAACUUAUCACCUCCAUGACGGUAUUCUACUGCCUAGCAGCGGUAUUAUUAACACCUGAUCUCUCACCAAUCAGUCUACCUUUGUAUGAUUUGAGUAAAAAAGAAUAG